AUGGCAGCAACAACAGCUUCUUCGUUUUCGAUUGGAUCAACUGUUUCUUACUCCUCUAGAGCAAGCUCCUUGCCACAGUCGAAGGCACAAGUUGUGAAAUUUAACUCAGUCCCUAGUUUUACCGGUCUCAGAUCAACGUCUCUGAUCUGUGGACAAGAUUCCUCUUUUUUCAGCAAGGCUGUGCGCGGUUCUGUAAUGAGAUCCCAAACAUCUGACAAGAAGCCGUAUGGAUUCAAGAUCAAUGCUUCGUACAAAGUGGCUGUUCUUGGUGCUGCUGGAGGGAUAGGUCAGCCUUUGUCACUUCUCAUCAAGAUGUCUCCGUUAGUCUCUACACUUCACCUUUACGAUAUUGCCAAUGUCAAGGGUGUUGCUGCUGAUUUGAGUCACUGCAACACGCCAUCUCAAGUUCGUGAUUUCACUGGACCGUCUGAGUUAGCAGACUGUUUGAAGGAUGUGAAUGUUGUGGUUAUCCCUGCUGGUGUACCGAGGAAACCGGGUAUGACCCGAGAUGACCUCUUUAACAUCAAUGCCAACAUUGUGAAAACACUUGUUGAGGCUGUUGCUGAUAACUGUCCUAAUGCCUUCAUCCACAUUAUCAGCAACCCGGUUAACUCUACGGUUCCAAUCGCUGCUGAAGUGUUGAAACAGAAAGGCGUCUAUGAUCCCAAGAAGCUGUUUGGUGUCACCACGUUGGAUGUUGUGAGGGCAAACACUUUUGUUUCUCAGAAGAAGAAUCUUAAGCUUAUAGAUGUGGAUGUUCCAGUUAUUGGUGGGCAUGCCGGUAUCACCAUUCUGCCUAUUCUCUCAAAAACCAAACCCUCUGUCAACUUCACCGAUGAAGAAAUCCAAGAACUGACUGUUAGGAUCCAGAACGCUGGAACUGAGGUCGUGGAUGCCAAGGCAGGUGCUGGUUCAGCUACUUUGUCAAUGGCAUAUGCUGCAGCAAGAUUUGUCGAGUCAUCUCUGCGUGCUCUUGAUGGGGAUGGAGAUGUCUAUGAGUGCUCGUUUGUUGAGUCAACUCUGACCGAUCUUCCUUUCUUCGCAUCACGGAUCAAGCUUGGAAAGAAUGGACUUGAAGCUGUGAUCGAGUCUGACCUCCAGGGAUUGACCGAGUAUGAGCAGAAGGCAUUGGAUGCGCUUAAGACAGAACUGAAAGCUAGCAUCGAGAAGGGUAUUGCAUUUGCAAACAAGCCUGCUAACUAG